GUUUAUGUUCUGGGCCAUUACGUCAUUCGCUUUGGCCCAAUUACCAGUCGCAAAGGCCACGCCCUUUAUUACUUUACUUUACUCGGUGUUAGGUGACGUCAAGAAGACUUUUUUCCCCCCCACUACUUUACUGUUUGUCUCCGCCUCAGACAUGGCUGCUGGCUGCGCCUAAUUGCGUCUGCGCCGCUCGCUAGUGUGAGAGCGGGAGGGGAGGCGGGAAGCAGUGUUCCUCUCAGGCUGCAUCAUGCCGCGGGAGAUCAUCACUCUGCAGCUCGGCCAGUGUGGGAACCAGAUUGGAUUUGAGUUCUGGAAGCAGCUGUGCGCAGAACAUGGCAUCAGCCCUGAAGGUAUUGUGGAAGAGUUUGCAACUGAAGGUACCGACAGGAAAGAUGUAUUCUUUUAUCAGGCUGAUGAUGAGCAUUACAUUCCUAGAGCUGUUCUUCUGGACUUAGAACCGAGGGUCAUCCACUCAAUACUUAAUUCUCCAUAUGCCAACCUGUACAACCCUGAGAACAUUUAUCUGUCUGAACAUGGAGGUGGUGCCGGAAACAACUGGGCUAGUGGUUUCUCGCAGGGUGAAAAAAUCCAUGAAGAUAUCUUUGACAUUAUUGAUCGAGAAGCUGAUGGCAGUGACAGUCUGGAGGGAUUUGUGCUUUGCCAUUCAAUAGCAGGUGGGACAGGAUCUGGAUUAGGGUCUUACCUUUUGGAGAGAUUAAAUGACAGGUACCCCAAGAAGCUGGUUCAGACGUAUUCUGUUUUUCCAAAUCAAGAUGAAAUGAGCGAUGUGGUGGUACAGCCUUACAACUCCCUUCUAACCCUUAAGAGACUGACACAGAAUGCAGACUGUGUGGUGGUUUUAGACAAUACAGCUCUAAAUCGAAUUGCUACUGACAGGCUGCACAUACAAAACCCCUCAUUCUCUCAGAUCAACCAGUUGGUUUCUACAAUCAUGUCUGCCAGUACCACCACACUCAGGUACCCAGGAUACAUGAACAAUGACUUGAUUGGUCUCAUUGCCUCUCUUAUCCCUACCCCUCGCCUGCACUUCCUGAUGACAGGAUACACACCUCUGACCACUGACCAGUCGGUGGCCAGUGUGCGUAAGACCACUGUGCUGGAUGUCAUGAGAAGGCUACUGCAGCCUAAAAAUGUUAUGGUAUCCACUGGCCGUGACCGGCAAACCAACCACUGCUAUAUUGCAAUACUGAACAUCAUUCAAGGGGAAGUGGAUCCCACACAGGUGCACAAAAGCCUUCAGAGGAUUCGAGAGAGGAAGCUGGCCAACUUUAUCCCAUGGGGACCUGCCAGCAUCCAAGUUGCUUUGUCCAGAAAGUCUCCUUAUUUGCCAUCUGCACACAGGGUCAGCGGGCUAAUGAUGGCUAAUCACACCAAUAUCUCCUCGCUGUUUGAGAGAACUUGUCGGCAGUACGAUAAACUGCGAAAACGUGAGGCUUUCCUGGAGCAGUUCCGUAAGGAAGACAUUUUUAAGGACAACUUUGAUGAGCUGGAUAAUUCAAGGGAAAUUGUGCAGCAGUUAAUAGAUGAGUACCAUGCAGCUACUCGUCCAGACUACAUCUCUUGGGGAACCCAGGAUAAAUAAAAGGGUUAAGAGCUUGAGUACAAGGAGUGACAGUCCUGAGAGAGAACACAAUCCUUAACUCUAAAUACCACUGUCCUCCAAGUCAAAAGACAUUAAAACCUGGAAAGUAACAAGCAUUACCAUAAAGAGCAAGAGAAAUAUACAAAACAUGUAACAGUUCUGUUGUCGAGACCGUUGUUGCCUCCCAUUUUAUCUGUGCAGUUUCUGGAUGAUUUGUUAUUUGGGCCUUUUCACUUGUGUGUUUAUGUGCUACAUUUUAGCAUGUAACAGUAGGAAUAUAUAGUUAAAUUAUAUUCAUCUUUCAUAUUGUUUAUUGGAGUAAAUUUCUUUCCUUUAGAAGGAAAUAAAAGCACUCACUGCUUACUAUUAUUUGCCUGCACUCUGGUUGGGGGACCCCAUACUGUUUUAGCCAGAAAGUGCUUCGAUGCUGGUAGCAUAGUGCUCGCUAGGAGCGUUUUCUGGCCAAAAUGAUAUUCCCCAACCAGAGUACAGGCUCUGUUAGCUGGCACCUCUGGUCGGGAAAACUGUUUUCCUACAAAACAUUAAUAACAUUGCUUAGUUCCACGGAAUUUCCUUGCUAUAAAUGUUAUGUUUUCUUUCGCACUUAUUUUGAUAUUCCAUAUUAAAAAAUAUAAAAAGCAUUUUACUUAUCUUUAUUUAAACAAUAGCAGGCCAGUCAUUUACAGCUCUCACUGAGCAGUGCUCUGGGUGCUGCCAUUUACUGUUUUGCUCUAUUUAGUUUCAAAAACAUAGGGGCUGAUUUAUCAAAAUUCAAGUUUGUUUUUUUUCAUAUUUAGUGAAAAAACGCAAAUGCGACUAUACUCGAGAAUAUUCUUGAGAGCCACGCAGCAUCGGAUUUGUCAUCCCCCAAUUAUCUCCAUUACAUUUAGGAGGCCAAUAACUAGACAGUAGUAGUUCAUAUAUAUAAUAGUAAAAAUGAUUAAUUUGCUAAUAAGUCAGUCAGUUGAUUUGGGGCUCAGUGGAGCUUGCCCAAGUUAGACCCUACCCCCCUACCUGCCCCUGUCACGCUGCUCUGUACUCUCAUUGCUUGAUAAGUAACUUAAGUACAUUUCUUUCAACCUUUGCAAGUUUCUGCAUAAUUUACCUAAAUUGUCUAGAAGUAAGUCUAGGGGCCCAAUAACCAAUCCUUCAACUGCUGGAAAGUUCAUGAAGUUAAUAGCUUAUAUAAUUCAGUAAAUAGAUCGAAAUAUAAACUGCCAUACUCUGUAACAAGCAGUUCAGAUAAACAGUUAAUAAAACAGUUAAUGUGAUAUUUAGUCAGUCAUUUCAUUGGGGGGAAUGUGGAAUUUACCUUAAGGCUGAUGUCAGAUGUGGCGUAUUCUCGGCAAGCCGAAAAACGCUUAGCGAGAAUACGCCCCGCUUCUGUAAAUGCGUCCAACCUGUGCCUGCACCCGAAUGAAUGAGAUACGCUCAGGUGCAGGCACAUGUAGCCUAAAUACGCAUAAAAACGUGAGAGAAUGCAAAGUCUUGCGGUUUUAUGCAUAUUUUGGCUACAUGUGCCUGCACCUGAGCGUAUCUCAUUCAUUCGGGUGCAGGCACAUGUAGGAUGCAUUUCCAGUAGCGGGGCGUAUACUCGGCAAGCGUUUUCGGUUUGACAAGAAUACGCCAUGUCUGACAUCACCCUAAGUUCUUUAAUUCAUUGAUGAUCAGUGGAGUUUGCCCCUGCCCCUGUUAAGCUUCUCAGCAUUGCCACUGCUUGCUACGCUAGUUAUGUAAGCUCCUAUUUAUUAAAUUACUUUAAGUUUCUAGG